AUGCCAAUUGUUGUUGAUUUAACUCAACAUUCUGUUGAUCAAGGUUCUAUUCCUUUAGAAAAUAAGCCAUUAGAAAAUGUAUCAGAUUAUUAUGAAGACAACGAUCAAGACGAUGGUCUUGUUGAUGAACCUCAAUUUGAAGAUGAUGAAGAAAUAACACCAGUAACUCCAAACAUUCCAAUACAAAAUCCAAUAUUAAAUAGAACUAUAUCUAAAAAAGAUUCAAAUUUUCAUCCAUUAUUACAAGGUGAUAUAACUGAUGUUUUUUCAAAAUUAUCUACUGAAUUUUUAGCUGGAUUUUCCUAUAAACAAGAUACUGAAGAUUCAAAUUGUUCAAUUUUAAUUUUUCAUUUUUUUACUGAUUAUAUUGAAACUGAAACAGCAUGUCAAUGGCAAAUUUGUAAUAAAAAACCAUUAACAUGUGAAAUAUCAGUUCAUAAUGCACUCUAUCUUGGUGAAAAAGUUGUUGUUAAACGUGUAUAUCAAACAUGUGAGUGUCAUCCAGUCAAUGCAAUUAAAGUGCCGUUCAUAGAACGACUUGUUCGUGAUUUCUUUGAAAAAGUUCAAAUAUCAAUGGAAACAUUACAAUUAUCACGUGCUGCUGUAAAUCCUGAAUUACGUAAAAAAUAUUUUUUAGAACUUACAACUGAUGAAAAUAAACGAACACAAUAUGAAGAAAUGUUAAAUACAGCACAUGAUGAUACUUUAUUCAACGAAUUACUUGACUAUGAAAUUCUUGAUGGUAAUCAAAGACUUACGAAAAAAUUUCGAUUACUUAAAUUACCUCGUGUUAAAUCUACUGAUACAAAAAUACAUUAUAGUUUUGAUGUAAAAGAAUUACCAAUACUUAAUUAUGGUUAUCUUGUUCAAUUUUGUACAUAUUUUGAAUAUCGUAUGAAAAAUUUAAAUUCUUUGUGUGUUAUGUGUGGAAAACGUACAUUUGAUCCAACUGAUAAAAAAGCUUCAAAACCAACAAUUUGUGAUGAUUAUGAAUGUUUUAGUAAUGCAAUGGAUUCAAAAUUUCGUAAUGAUCCUCUUCCACCAUCAAUAUUUUCUAUUGAAAUUGCAGAUUUUCUUCUCUUACUUGUUUAUGCUGCUAUUCAUUCUCAUCGACAUGCAUUAAUUCUUGAUCCUUAUCCAAAAUUAAUAAAUCCAUAUAAUACAUCAACAACAUUACUUGAUCAAAAUGGAAAUAAAGAAAAUAAUCUUGAAAUAUUAAAAACAAUAAUAAAUGAUAUAAUGACAAUGGGAUCAAUAACACAAUAUGAAGCUGCUAAAAUAUCAUUAAGAAGUAUGAUUGAAUUAAAACAUCCAUGGGGUUUUUCAUUUUUUCAUUGGUUAAUGGGAACAAAUCGUUAUCAUUUUUCAUUAAUUCCAGAAAAUUAUCGAAUUAAAACUGUUGAUACACAAUAUCAAUAUUUUAUAAAACAUGAAGAUAUUGAUAAACAUGUUAAUUUUAAAAAAUUACGUACUGAAAAAGGAAGUAUUUUUGCUUUUCAUGGUUCACCACAAGAAAAUUGGCAUUCAAUUCUUCGAUCAGGUUUACAAAUUGGAAAAGGAGGAUAUUUAAUAAAUGGUGCAGCGUAUGGUGCCGGUAUUUAUGUUUCACCUAGUUUUGAAUUUUCAUCAUCAUAUACACGGUGUCAUGGUUGGAAUUUUCAUAGAGAUUCAUACACUAAUUAUAAUCAAUCUAAUACAGAAAAAUCUCCACUUGAAAAACGAAAUUGGGGUUGUAUUGCUUUAUGUGAAAUUAUUAAUUCACCCGAUGUAUAUAAAAAACAUUCCAAAGAUAUUUGGACAAUUCGAGAUCCAAAUUUAAUUUGUACCAGAUUUAUAUUUUUUUUUUCAUCAGGAAUAACUCACAAUAGUCUUCAUGUUGAUUCCGAAUCAGAAGCAUCAUCAAUUCGAGAACUCAUCCAUACAUUACAUAAUAUUGCUUGUUAA